GACGCGACGCUUCUUACACACAGCAACAGUUAGACAGCCACCUCCGUAGCUCGUUAGACGCUUUCGUGUAUAUUAGCCACUAUGUUUUAAACCCAUGUCUGUUGUCUAGUUAGUUAUCCCAUUUAAUGUAAUAUUUACUGUGUUGUUAUUGGUAAACUAGCUGGCUGGUUAAAUAAGCACUAUCCAAGCAAGCAAGCUGACAUCGCCGACCAUGACCUCACUAAGCUCCUCUCCAACUAUUAAAGAAGAGGUCUGCUGGACGGAGAAGGAGGAUGCUGUUCGAGUGAAAGAAGAAGAGAAAGAAGUUACAGUAAAAGAAGAGGUAGAAAAAUUCAGAGUGAAAGUGGAGGAGGAAGUUACUGUGAAAGAAGAGGAGGAUGGAGUUGUCGGAGUGAAAGAAGAGAAUAGGGAGAUGACUGUCACAUCGAAAAAGGAGGAGGAAGAGGAAACUGGAUAUCUGGGCUCGGUUUCCCAAAGUGGUCUUAAGGCAUCCUAUGGUUCUAACGAUGAAGUUAGCCUUAAAAUGCGUUUGGGAAAAUCGUACCAGAUUAACACUAGAGAGAGACUUGACUAUCGUGGAUCCUCUGUAGAGCCUCAACAAUAUCAUGAAGCUGACGAGGCAGAGAAGAGUCUCUCCACAUCAGACAACCUCAAGAAAAACCAGCGGAAACCCACAGGGAAGAAAUUUCACCGAUGCUCCGACUGUGGGAAGAGUUACUCAAGAUCAGAUUCACUAAAGGUACACCAGAGAAUUCACAAUGGAGAGAAACCUUAUACCUGUGAUCAAUGUGGGAAGAGUUUUGUUACAUCUAGCCGUUUGACUAUACACCAGAGAACACAUACAGGAGAGAAGCCAUAUAGCUGUGAUCAAUGUGAGAAGAGUUUUGUUACGUCUAGCCAUCUGACUAUACACCAGAGAACACACACAGGAGAGAAAUCUUACCAUUGCUCUGACUGUGGAAAGAGUUACUCAAGAUCAGAUUCACUAAAAGUACACCAGAGAAUUCACACUGGAGAGAAACCAUUUAUCUGUUAUCAGUGUGGGGAGAGUUUGAAUGAUCCAAGCAGCGUGAAAACACACCAGGGAAUUCAGGCUGGAGAGAAACCUCAUUGCUGCUUUGACUGCGGGAGGAGAUUCACCCCUUCAGAGGACCUUAAAAAACGUCAGAGAAUUCAUACAGGAGUGAAACCUUAUAACUGUUAUCAAUGUGGGAAGAGUUUUACUGAAUCUAGACAGCUGACAAUACAUCAGAGAGCACACACAGGAGAGAAACCUUACCCCUGCCCUAACUGUGGAAAGAGUUUUGUUUCUUCAGUACAUUUAAAAUCACACCAGAGAACACACACUGGGGAAAAGCCUUAUAGCUGUAAUCAAUGUGGGAAGAGUUUUACUCACUCAAGCUGCCUGAUGGUACAUCGGAGAACACACACAGGAGAGAAACCUUAUAGCUGUAACCAAUGUGGGAAGAGCUUUGUUACAUCUAGCCGUCUGACUAUACACCAGAGAACACACACAGGAGAGAAGCCUUAUAGCUGUGAUCAAUGUGGGAAUAGUUUUACUACAUCUAGCCAUCUGACUAUGCACCAGAGAACACACACAGGAGAGAAGCCAUAUAGCUGUGAUCAAUGUGGGAAGAGUUUUACUACAUCUAGCCAUCUGACUAUGCACCAGCGGACACACACAGGAGAGAACCCUUAUAGCUGUAAUCAAUGUGGGAAGAGAUACACUGGUAGAAAAUCUCUGAUUAAACAUCAGAAAAGACACAUAUGAGGACGUUGUACCAUGAUUUCAAUUAAAUAAUGCCACAAUGUAGAAUGUUUUUAACAUUGUAGUAGGAGUAUUUUAAUGUCACAAUGUAUAACCCUAAACGUCCCCCCCCCAUUCUAUUGAUAUUAGCCUUAUAAGGGCAAAAAAACAGGCUCUGAAUUGAAAGAGCACUAUUUAUGUGAUUAACAAAGAAAGUGUUGCGUUACAAUUACCGUGUUGGGACCCACUUGAAAAAAAAUGCAACACCUCAAAAUGUAGCUAGAUGUUUUCUACAAAUUGUCCUCUAACCAGUGAUGUAAACAUUAUUCCCAGAUUCCAUGUGGUUUUUGAGCUGUUACUUUUAACAGGACAUGUAACCUCAUCUCCCCCCUCUCGUGCAACUGAUUUCAAUGUGAUAUCUAUAUGAGUAAUGACAUAAGUGUUGCAUUUCUCUUAAUUUUUGCGGCCCCUAAAUUUAAACGCAUUACUCCAAAAUGUUGCAGACUGAAAUUCAACAAAUGAACUUUUAACAAGGCACACCUGUUAAUUAAAAUGCAUUCCAGGUGAAGCUGGUUGAGAGAAUGCCAAGAGUGUGCAAAGCUGUCAUCAAGGCAAAGGGUGGCUACUUUGAAGAAAUUCAAAUAUAAAAUAUGUUUUCUAUAUGUGUUAUUUCAUAGUUGUGAUGUCUUUACUAUUAUUCUACAAUGUAGAAAAUAGUAAAAACAAAGAAGAACCCUUGAAUGAGUAGUACUUAUCCUAUCCAAGGAAUACCUAGGAUAGGAUAAGUAAUCCUUCUCACCCCCCCCCCCCUUAAUGAUUUAGAUGCACUAUUGUAAAGUGGCUGUUCCACUGGAUGUCAGAAGGUGAAUUCACCAAUUUGUAAGUCGCUCUGGAUAAGAGCGUCUGCUAAAUGACUUAAAUGUAAAUGUAGGUGUGUCCAAACUUUUGACUGGUAUUGUACGUUCACUUUUGGUUGACAGUGAAAGUUGAAAAUACAUAUAUUUCAGUUUGUUAUUUCAAUGACUUGAAAACAACUUAAUUUCAAAAUACUUGCAACUUAUACACAUGGACAGAGUAUUUAAAAAUUGGUCUAUUAACAAUUGUAUUAACAAUCGUACAUCACUCUAUUUAUACACACUAUUUAUUUACAACAUUCAAGUGCUAAUUGUAUUUAUUCCUCUUCUGAAGAAGCGUGACUCAAAUCACCUACUCAUGUCAAACAUCCAGCGUGGCAAAAUAUAUAUAUUUUGUAUUAUUCCAUGCCUCACCAUUAAGGGAAUUAUUGCCAAUACCUAUUAACAAAGGGGUGUACAUUUGGUGUUGAUAUGUCAUAUUUACAUUUCAUGUAACAUUUAGUCAUCUUAAUUAUUCAUGCAACCAACUUUUUACAAGUAUUUUGUUUACAAACAAUGGAGUAAAACAAGAUUAUAUUUUGGGUUGGACAUUGCAUCCUAUUCUUAUUAUUUUAGCUAAUGGCAUUUCCUGCUCGUUAGUCUUUCAGUUUUUAAUCGUUAUUCUUUAGUUUUUUUAUCCUCAUGUUUGUUGUGUAGUAAAUAUUUCAGUUAUUUUUUAAUUUUUCUAUGAAGUGCAUUGCGUUGCAUCCAUGUCUGAAAUGUGCUAUAUAAAUA